GAAUGCCGCACCUUGUUACACCCACCAAUAUGUUCAUUUGCGCUCAAGAUUGGGUUGUUUUAAUAUUUCCAACUGCACCCGAAGGCAGCGGGAGACAAGAGGUGGAGUGAGGUAGAGGCUCAACAACGGGGAGAGAGGAGUGGGGGAAGAUAGCUAGCCCCAGCACUGUGAGCCUGUUUAUCAGAAACUAACCGCUAUUUUGCGACAUUGGCGCUACAGAUAAAACCAAAUUAAAGCAUUUUCUUUUAGCUAAGAUGUGCCUUCACCAGCACUUCGUCGAAUGUGUCUCAAAUGACAGAAAUGUGUGCCGGUAGCGAGCUAGGUUAACGUGAAGACAAAAAGGGCAUCUCUGUCUUUGACCGAGCAGCCCGAUCGUCAUCUUCGGAUGAGAAUUUCUGUGUAAACGUUUGUGAACCAGCACGGCAACACCUCCCGCUGCUCAACUGACCCGGCGGUCGUGGUUACAAUAAAAGCAGGGGAGGGAAAACCACCAAACUGUCGAAAUGAAAUUCACAGAGCAUCUCUCAGCUCACAUCACCCCGGAGUGGAGAAAACAGUACAUCCAGUAUGAGGCUUUCAAAGAGAUGCUGUAUGCUGCUCAGGACCAGGCCCCAUCUAUUGAAGUCACAGAUGAGGAUACAGUUAAGAGGUACUAUGCCAAGUUUGAGGAGAAGUUCUUCCAGACAUGUGAAAAAGAACUGGCCAAAAUCAACACCUUCUACUCUGAAAAGCUGGCUGAAGCUCAGCGGCGAUUUGCCACGCUGCAGAAUGAGCUGCAGUCAUCGCUGGACGCCCAGAGGGAGAGCUGGGCUAAUGGGCGGGGCCUAAGGAGGAGGAAGACGGUGUUCGCCCUGUCGCAGCAGGAGCGAUGCAAACACAGAAACAUAAAGGACCUGCAGCUGGCCUUCUCCGAGUUCUACCUCAGCCUUAUACUGUUGCAGAACUAUCAGAACCUGAACUUCACAGGUUUCAGGAAGAUCCUGAAGAAGCAUGACAAGAUUUUGGAGACGUCAAGGGGGGCUGACUGGAGGGUGGCCCACGUUGAAGUGGCUCCAUUUUAUACAUGCAAGAAAAUCACACAGCUCAUCUCUGAGACCGAGGCGUUGGUUACAACAGAGUUGGAAGGUGGUGACAGGCAGAGGGCCAUGAAGAGGCUGAGGGUACCUCCCCUGGGAGCUGCGCAGCCUGCUCCUGCUUGGACCACCUUUAGAGUCGGGCUUUACUGUGGAGUAUUCCUUGUCUUAAUAGUCACUGUGGUCAUUACAGGAGCUGUGAUGAUUCAUAGUGCUGAUGUUUGGCCUAUGGUCAGGAUCUACAGAGGAGGCUUCCUGUUAAUAGAAUUCCUCUUCCUGUUAGGCAUCAACACCUACGGCUGGAGGCAGGCAGGAGUUAACCAUGUACUCAUAUUUGAACUCAACCCCAGAAACAACCUGUCCCACCAACAUCUGUUUGAGAUUGCAGGUCUGUUGGGGGUGCUGUGGUGCGUCAGCCUGCUGUCCUGUCUCUUCAGUCAUAGCAUCCUGGUACCAAUGCAAGCUAACCCUCUGGCUCUCUACGGCCUCUUCUUCCUCUUCCUCAUCAACCCCUUCAAGACCUGCUACUACAAGUCACGCUUCUGGCUGCUCAAACUCUUGUUUCGAGUAGUGACAGCUCCGUUUCAUCGUGUUGGCUUUGCAGACUUCUGGCUGGCAGACCAGUUGAACUCUCUGGUGAUGGUUCUGAUGGAUCUGGAAUACAUGAUCUGUUUCUACAGUUUUGAACUGGACUGGAAAAAACAUGAUGGACUCAUCAGCAGUGCAGGUAAAGAUGUGUGUAAUUCCUACUCCUAUGGCGUCCGUGCGGUGAUCCAGUGUCUUCCAGCUUGGUUCCGAUUCGUCCAGUGUCUGCGACGUUACCGUGACACCAAGCGGGCCUUCCCUCACCUGGUUAACGCUGGGAAAUACUCCACUUCCUUCUUUGUUGUCACCUUCGCUGCCCUAUACAGCACACAUAAAGCUGAAUCCCACACUGAUGCCCAGAUCUUCUUCUACUUGUAUAUCGGCUGUUUAGUGGUCAGCUCAUGUUACACACUGGUCUGGGAUCUGAAGAUGGACUGGGGUCUGUUUGAUCGCAAUGCAGGAGAGAAUACCUUUCUGAGAGAGGAGAUAGUCUACCCACAUAAGGCCUAUUACUACAGUGCCAUAGUGGAGGAUGUGCUGUUGCGUUUUUCAUGGACUUUAACUGUCUCCCUCAGCACAGUCUCCGGUUUUCAUGGCAUCUCGGACAUAUUGGCAACUAUACUGGCCCCAAUGGAGGUCUUUAGACGUUUUGUGUGGAACUUCUUCCGGUUGGAGAACGAACACCUGAAUAACUGUGGUGAGUUUAGGGCCGUCAGAGACAUCAGCGUGGCUCCGCUCAAUGCUGACGACCAGACCCUGCUGGAGCAGAUGAUGGACCAGGAGGACGGAGUCAGGAACCGACAGGGCAAGAAGAGCUGGAAAAGGAGCUACAGCAUGAGUCUACGCAGGCCACGACUGGCCUCACAGUCCAAGACCCGUGACACCAAGGUUUUGAUAGAGGACACUGAUGAUGACUCCUGACAUCAGGCCACGCCCCUCGCCUGGGUCCAGAAUUUAUUCAAAGGAGGAAACUCCAUCUCCUAACCGAGGAAUUACCCAGCGAGUUGGGCGUUGAACUCUCAACCAAGGACGAGUUUUAAACUCUCGUGCCCACAUAAUCCUUUCUUCAAUGCAUGAGCCUCUGCUUGGGUUCAGAACUAUUUCAACGGAGGAACUUUCACCUCUUGAACAAACAACCCAGCAACUUGGCCAUCAAACUCCUUCUCCUACCUUCAAUAAUAAUCAGGGGUGGGCUUACCACUUAAACUCUACCUUGCCCAAACAGCGGGUGAAAAACGUCUCUCCCUGUCAUCCACAGCCACUCAGAGGUGAACUCUUUAACUACACCUACUCCUCAGCCAUUGCUUGGGCUCUCCUCAAAGCCUCAGCCUAGCAUGAACAACGCAGCUAAAUGGAACGCAAGCCGAUCACCCUGACAGGAAGUGUCCCUGCUCCCUCUCGGUGCCACAGCUCCCACGAAGAGAGAGGCCGACAACUUCAAGCCUACUGCUGUUGAGGACCAAAAGGUUUUCUCCCCACCUUUAGCUUUUAGUCUCCACCUACACUCCCAGCAUCCAUGUAACGCUUAGAAGAAAGACCUUAAAUAAAUUAUGUACAAUUCACACCUCGAGAUCUCAAGUCAACCUGUAAUUUGGACCUCAGAAUGAACCUAAAGCCCCUUUUUUUGGAAUAAGAGAAUAAAAAGGGUUGAAAAGUGUCCUCCUCCUUUUUCUGCAACUUUUUAGGCCUUGUGACCUUCUCUCUGACCCUUGGCGUUAACACUGACUGAUAGACUAUGUUGAUGAACAUCUGCUAACGCCAAUCAGUCACUGGCUUGACUCCCUUGCUCUUCAGCUUGCCCCUUCAAAUCAUCACAGAGCUGCCUACCUGCACCUUACACGCUUUAGAAACAGACACAGACAGAAACAUGCACCUUGUAGGAAGAGUGAAUUGGAAUGGAAUGCCUAUUGUGUGUUCACACACACAGUGAUUUGUUAUGUUUUAUUGUUCAUGGAUGUGCAACACUUGACCAUUAUUCUUUUUGAGACCGUGGGAAGAAAACACACACGUACAUAGACUAGAGAUUAUUUGUAACUGUGGUUGUAAAUAUGAGAUGGACCAAAGUAAGAGGUGAUGUGAAAAUAUUCAAAGACUCCAUAAACAUUUUUUUAAAUGCUGAGUUCAGACUGUAUGGAACAGCAGCUGGAAUGACUGUUUAGCCAUGGAACUGAGAAGGAAAUUUUUACUUUUGUUUCUGGAAAAAGAUGAAGAUCAUCUUAAUCAUCCUGUGGUAACUCCAAGUCACCCCAUGUGGAAAAAAUAUCCUCCAUCUGGAAAUGUUUUUGCUGAAUGUAUGCCAACUUAUUUAUGUAUGAGUGGGAGUGAUGCCUAAAUACCACCUGUCAACCCAUCUAGGCCGAUCAGUUUUUGGAAACUUUCAAUAGGAGUUGAGAUAAAUCCCAAAGAAUUUUUAUUUUGUCCCCUGAAGACUGAUUGAAAACUUUUGGUUUAUGAAACAGUAAUUAUCGUCUGUUAAACUGGUUCAUUGAACUGUGACAAUGAUGAAAAGGGGGGAGGUCACCUGUCUAUCACAUACUGGUCCUAAAUGUCGCAAUCAGAAGGCUGGUGUAGUUAAACUUGAAUCUGAAUGAAGUGGCUCUUCCAGCUGGUUUGGUGGUGAAGAAUCCAUGUGAGGGUGAAUCUGAUUGGCCGCGUUUACACUCAUGAGAUAUGUUGGUGUAACUCAGGUUCCACAAAGACUUUGGUUUUAACACUUUAACAGACAAGGUUGGUUGAAAGAACUAAUAUGUUUGUCUUGAGACAUUUUAAUACAUUUGUAUGUAAUUGUACUAUUCAACACAUUUAUGAGUCUAACGUAAAUUCUCAAAUUGCGACUCGGGCCGUUAUUGCCCGAUUCCCAGUUAAUGCAAACUCAAAACUUCCUCCAUGUUUACCUUUUGUCUUGAUAAAUUCAGUAUAAUGUUCAUUACCACAGCACUAAUUCCAUCAGUGCAACAACAGAGGCAUGGCAGAGUCACCUCUCUGCUGCUGUUUGUCUUCUCUAACAAAUAUACUGUUUUCAUUCAUAAAUUAAUUCCAUUCCUUUCACUUUUUCCCAACUGCUGUUACUCUACUGUCAGUGAAACUCAACACAAUCUACAGGAAGUGUUGCGUUUCAUUGACAGGUUAAUUAAUAGGCAGAUGAAACAGAUAUUUCUGCUAAAAAGAGAAACUCAGAGCAGCAGAGUGGAAUUAGUUCUGUGGAAAUGUACAUUAUGCUUAAGCCGUUGUUGUUCAUCCCCCUCAGUGUGGUUUUUUUAAAUUUUUUUUACCCGGCCUUUAUUUGUUCAUGCUGGCCACGCCUCGGCCAGUAUUUGAUUUUAUAUGAGAAUUUAUGGUAACUUUCUUUAACUGCUGGUAGUUUACGGCCUUGGCUGUGUGGUUGACACACUUGUGCAGUGCGUCGCCGGUUGGUCCAACAUCAGCUCGUGUUGUGGUGUUAAAUGAACUGUUAGAUAGUGAUUUAGUUGAGGAGGUUCUGUUUAGGUUUCAUUUUUUUCUACUCAUUGCUUUUAUUAAUCAGCCAUUUACCACAAACAUUUCAGCUUUCAUCGUAAUGGGUUUGUUAAUACCUUAUGGAUGCAAUUUGGAGUGACUGAAUUCUGAAAUCCUUCAGGAAACCCUGACUGAAGUCAGUUACCAGUGAGCAAUAAGUCUCUCAAGGAUUAUGUGCACUUUAAUGCUAAACUUAAUCUUCUUUUUUCCCCCUUGUCUUUGUCAUUGUGAAAGCGGUAUCUGUGGCUCAGACUUGAGGAAGGUACAUAGCAUUUUAGUUCUAGUAGAGUUUUAGUUUUUUUAUCAUGUUGUUCUAAUGGUUCUUUAUGGAGCUCGCUAAAAUAUACAGUAGAAAAACUAUUUGAGGAGUGAGAUGUGUAAUGCAUCAUUGGGGUUUUUUUUAACAAUUGAGCUUGUUUCAUUUGGGUCUCGAACAUGAGAGAAUCUACUAUUCCACUGUCAGUCAAUGCUCUAUCCGAUAGCAGAGCUAUUGCCAGUUUAGUCAAUUUAACGUGUACGCUGAAAGAACAAAUAAUUUGUUAAAGAUACUUAUUUCUUAAUAUUUUGAAUUAGACAAGCUUCUUGUGCCAAGUUUUUGGAUCUCCCUGAGCUGAGUGAAUUGAACUCUCAGGUUCAGUUAAUUUGAAAAAUAAACCUAUUUUUAUGUCUUGAACUGCUUGUAUUUGUGUUUGAAAGUAAGAAUAAUCACAUUUCCUAGUAAACACCCAAUGUGGUUACUUUACAGACAAGUUCCACUGGUGUGCAAGUAAAUCAUACAACAUUAAGCCAUGCUGAAAUCUUAGCCAGAUCAUCUGUGCUGGUUGCAGAUGUCUACAAAGAUUCAAACACAGUCAGUGAGUUUUAUGUUUUUGCUACUUUCUUUGUGUUGCACCGUUUUUUGACCCACAAAUUUGCGCCAUUGAUCAAUAGCAAGCCCUUUUGAAAGUGCUGACCUUCGAGGGUACGGAGAGGCUAAAAUGGAGGACGCUAUCGUAGCUUAUUAGUUGGGUGGCACCAUUCACUUGUAUUUAACCCUCCUCUGUCUGAGUAUUAACUGCUCCACAUACGAGCAAUAGUUUGCAGACAGUUAUGAGAUGGGCGUCAGUGGCACAAACAUGAAUAAACUGUGUGAACUUAUUGUUCCGUUAGCAACCGAACUAAGCUAACGACAUAUGAGUUUGCUAAUGACCGAGAAAUUUUAUUUUCCCUUUUCAACAACUUUAUUGAAAAUCUUUAUUCAAAAUGUUGGGGAGAGUAAACAGAACAAUAGACAGAAUACAAAGCGAAGCUCCAGAAGUUAUUUCGACUGACUAGCGCUAGCCAAGCCGGCUACUGAGCUAGUGAUUAGCUCGUCAGCUACAGCAGUUCACCAACUAGCCCUGAGAGUAUGGUCACCAAGACUCUAGAACCAAAUAUUUUUCCAAAAAUGUGCGGCUUAAUAUCGCUGUACCGCUUCCUGGUGUGACCGGGCCUUUAAGGUGCCACAAUGGAGCUAGCUGGUAUUGGUUCAUCAAGGUUCAUAAUAACUUCUAUGCCCAUCCCGUAUGAAGUUAUAAAGUGUAAUAAGCUUGACCUAGAAAAUGUUGAUUCUAAAAUAAUAAUAAAUAUUAAAUUGAAAACAUCUUGAAAAUCCAUACAAUCCAUCCAAGUCUUAGGUCUUGAAAAUCUGUGUAAAAUUCCUUUGUGGGCUGACAGACCAGGUGCAGCUUUGGUUGUUUCAAGAAUUUUCCUGAAUCUUCUGUCAUUUCUUGAUACAACUGUAGUGAUCUUGCUUAGUUUCUUAAAAGCCAGCAUUAAAAAUGAAAUAAGUAAAAGUGGAUACGAACACUUACGAAUAACAUUUAAACACUGAGUAUGACACUAGAAGAAGAAGUAUAUUUUCAGAGGUGUACUGGUGAGCAGACAGGUCUCUGCAGUUUGUCUUGCUUUGGACAGUAAAAGAAGUACCUCUGAGUUUUCUACUUUGCCUUUUGUUGAACCACUGGAGCUCAGGGCUCCACAUCAGAGGAUGUUGCCUUCACUACUUUCUGUCUUCUAAAAUUUCCAUGCAGCAGACACAAUCAUUCCAUCCAAAGAGAACAGUUUAGUUUUCUGAUUUUAAAUGCAGUGCAUUUGUCCAGGACUUUUCUUUUGAAAUUCCUCAAGUUUUCAUCUUGAGACACAUCAGAUUAUCAUGCAGUCAUUCCUGUGUUAAAAACAGCAUAUUCCAUAGUGACAGGAGAGUGGGAGGUGAGAUGUGAUAAGAUUUGAACUCAGGACAUUGUGAGCACAUUUGCUCCUUAGCCUGCUAAUUCACAAGCAGCAUAGAAGCUUCCUGAGUUCCUAUCACCUGUCCCUUAUUUUUUGUUUUGUUGACAGCCCUUAUUUUAUGAAUGUACCAUUUCAAACCUCACUCAACGAACGUAUUUGUUUCUUACAUGAAUACACCAGAGAUCUGCUUUAGCUUAGCAAAGGAACUUCUAGAAAGUUAGAUCAUUUUCAUUUAUUUCCUUUUUUUAUUUUGUUGAAUAAGUACAUUGCCAAAUAGGAUGAUCUCCCCAAAACUUUGUUAUCCUUCAAUGCCAGAGCCGAACCUAAGGGUGUUGCAUGUUUAACUUGUUAUGAUUCUGAACUCAGCAUUUUAACAUUUCAGCUGCAGGCAGGCUGAUUAGGCUCUGAUUGUUUUGGACGUGUUGUUUUAGAGUUUGAAAUAGUAAAUUGUGUCUAUUUGGUUUCCUUUUUCUACAUUCCCGACAAUGCCUCACACUCCCAUUACACGUGAACACUCUUCUUUAUGUGAAGAUAUUUGAGACUGACAGACAGGUGAACCCCCUUUUUCCAAAAGUCAAUCAAAAGAGAUCCAUCUGUAGAGGGUCGGGCUUGGGGAUUGAGCCUCAAUACUUUUUUGGUCCCACCAGAAAUGUAUCCUUAGCAAAUAGUUUAAAAAGCAUAAAAUAUCUAGUCAGAUUUGUUAUCUUGUUUACUUAUUAUUUGUUCAUAUAUAUUGACCUAAUUUUAGACUGUUAUUUUACUUAGGCACAGUUAUGAAAUGGAUGACUGUGUUCAGACAACAUUCAACACUUGAAAAAUGUGGCUUUUGUCAAAUGAAAAAAAAAGUUGUGUAGAAAACCAUGUUUAUAUUUCUCGGAGUAAGGUAGUAAAACUCCAGUAUUGUAUCGGCACUGUACAUUUCACACGAUACCCAGUCCUGCUUGAGAGUGGUGGGAUAUGCUGGACCAGACGGAGGUUCUUUCAGAAUGUCUUAGGAAUGUUUCAACAUAACUGUCUUUUUUCAACAAGCUGAUUUUGCAAUAUUUCACAUUGUAGCCUACCAGUCGGUUUGGACUUACUUUGGCAUUAAUAAGCUGGUUUUUUCCGUUAAAGAGCAUUAGACCCAGGUGUGGAAGAUGUGUAGUUCUGUAGUGAAGCAGUCCUCAAGGUCUUGGUCAGAAUCUGAGCAUCUUGUUCUGUUGUGCAGAGGAAGCAACACAACUGGCAGCUCAGAGCUUUUCUGUCCUCAGAUCUGUGCACAUCAAUAGGAAUGCAGGGUUGUUACUGAGCUCACAUGAACUGUGCCCCCCCCCCCCCAGCUCAGUUUCCCAUGGAAGUUUCCACUCUUCAGGUCCAGAAUGUCCCAGUUGCUGUUGCAAACCUCUCGAAGGCUUGUUCUCAAGUGAAAGGUCGUGACUUUCAAAAGUCUGAUAUGAUUUGGUGUUUGGUGAUCCCGCCCUGAGAGGAUACUGUGUGUCCUUUAAUCUGUUUGGGACACCUGUUGGCCACCACUUCUGUUGUACCAGUGAUAGUCCUCCAGUACUCACUGAAACUCCGGGCUCGGAGCAUGGAGCCUCUCAGAGGACAAGAAUCCAGGGACAUGAUUUAUUUUCGACAUAAACAUGCCAUUUUAUACAAUUUGAUUGUCUUUUUACACCACAUACUUGUUGCUUUUUGCUUUUUUUUUUUAAGUAAUUUGGUCUUGUUGACUCAGCUGAGAUACCUGAUGAUCUGAGACACUUCAUGCUCACUGGCCCGAAGCUUUAUCGGUGCGGGACAUAGAGUAGGUUGGGAGACACAAACACAACUCAACCUGGAUCAGAAUUCUCUGACAUCCAUAUAGUUUAAGCAAAAUUUUAACUGGAAUAAAAUGGAGCCAAAAACCAAAAUGUGACAGACAUUUUCUGGUUAGUCUCCAUGUGCACCAGUGCAUUUUUAUGAUUGAAAACACAGAGAGCAUUUUGAUCCAUGUUCUGACCCCACUAUGGUGUACCCAGAGCUGUUGAUUAUACAAUACAUUAUAUAUUGAUGAAUAUAUUGAUUAGAAGCAUUGUAUAAUCGGUGACUGUGCUGUGGGUGUUGUCUUGUAUGUACAGUAGCAGUGUGAUGCUACAGAGGUGCCUAGUUCACCAACCCCUGUUACAGUUUUUCAGUAAAAACAGCUAAAGCUUGAAAGGUG